UCUUUUACCGCAUGGAGCGGCACUGGCACAUUAGCGCAGCUGGCUCGUCAGCUAUGGUGCUACACACCAUGCGCGUCUCUUAAUUAUUGAAAACACUUGUAGUAAUGCUGUGCACUUGUAAUAUACAUAAUUAUUUGCCAACUUACCGAGUAGUUUAAUUGCUUAUCUGGAUUGUGCACGACUUGGAUAUAACUGUGAAACUCGACAUGUGCCCAGUGUACUGUAUGGAUACUGCUGUACACUGCACAGUUAUAUUGGUUCACUUUCACUGUUUGAUUCAACAAGUUGUUUACAUUCUUUUACACUAUGGAGGAGCACUUUAACGCAUCAGGCUCGUCAAAGCCUUUCAACGUACAUCUUAUGGUCUAUUGCGUGCAUGCUUAUGCGCGCGUGCAGAUCAACUGGAAAAAGUCCGCCAGGGUCGCCGCAAAUUUUUUUCCACUGGAGCUAAAGUUUCGGGGAUGCUACAAGCAACGAGGGCUCGAGUGGAAAAAGUUGGCCUGAACCUCUCAAAACAUUUUUCCACCUUAUCAACGAAUGGAAAAUCAUCGCCGUACAACCUUGAAGCCGGACUCGCAUGGCCGGAAAUAUUUCAGUUUCCGGUAAUAGUGAUCCAAUAACGCGAGAGCGUCACUGAUGGACUUUGCACCAUUAACUGUGAUCUUGCCGUUGCGGUACACCUGGCAGUGCGAUUUGUGAGGACGAAUGGAACGGAGAAGAAGCCCGGAAAAUUUAUGUGGUGCAUAAUGAGAAAGCGGAGCGCGUUCGAAUAAGCUGGGGGAUCAAAAGUGUCUCAUUCUUCAACAAAUACUAAAAUCUGAUGUCAUUAAUCUUGAUACACUGGGAUGUCCGCGUUUUGCCGCUUUAAGUAACGACAAGUGCUACAGUCCGAACAAAGCGCAAGCUUAUUCUAACUGGAUGCUGGACCACUAUUUAAAAAUCCGGACGAAAUGCCUGCUUUGCCGCAUGCAGAUUCCUGAAGAAAGAGCUCAACAUCGACGCCAACGACACUGCCGCAGAUCACAACCAGAUAAGAAUUCUUACUGGGAUGACCAAGGAAACAGAUGUUGCAUCCGCUGUGGCGCUGUGUUUCCCUCGAACGUUGAUUGUACCUAAGAAAAACGCGUUGCGAAUAUUAUCAUAACCCACGAAGUUUUACCGAAUGAGUCAUUAGAUUUUGUUGGCCGUUGUAACUAUAAAAUGCUGUACGGAAUUUUGCUCCCACAUACGAAUAAGCUGCUUAUAUGAUGCUGCAUUUGUUCAAAUAACAACGUCCUGCUCUCAGAUUUUUUUCUUCACCAUGGCUCGGAUUCCUGAUCCGUGAACACCGUCAACUGCCCUUGAGACCGAUGUGGAAACUGAGUUUGCAGAUAGUGCUCUCUUUAACCAUAACUAUGCGCUUCUUGAUCAUAAUUAUUCUGCUGCCCCAGCUGGUGUGCAUGUGCAGCACUUAGAGGAGCUUGAUCCAGAUUUGUAUGAUAUUAAAGAACAUUAUGAGUUGGAAAAAACCGGAGCCAAAUACUCGAAAAAGUUUUCAGUUUUAUUUGAGACUUAUAAGUGUCAGAUAAACGGCCUUGAAAAUUUAUCGUUCAAAUACGCAGUGAAGACCAUAACUCGGUUGUUGAAAGAUAUUCUCGAAACGGUGAUUUCCAAAAUUCCUGCGCACAACUUGGUGAGAAUUCGCGUAUACCAGGCCGCAUUGCAGUACCCAAUUUGGAUGCCACCUAUUCAACGCGAUCAACUGACUAUCGAGCGAUGGAUGGCAACCAUCAAAAGGAUUUUGAAUUCGAAUCAAGCGUUUUUAUUGGACGAAUCUUUUGAAUUGUCAGUGCAGCAUACAGAUACACCAAUUGGCUCAUGCAGAAAAAACGUGUCCCAGUUGUUGCGGCAAAUUUUGGACAAAAAACGUUGCAUCACUCAAAUUCGAAACUCGGACAGUUUAUGUAUGGCUAGAGCAAUUGUGGUCGCUAAAGCGCAUGCGGAGGGUGAUAAAGAUCUUUAUACAAAGCUUUACCGAACCAAAAAACUGCAGGAUGCAAAAACCAAAGAAUUGCUGCGGGCCGCCCAGUUGCCAAAUAGAGAAUACAGUUUGGAAGAUAUUGCUCGGUUUGAAGAAGUUUUGCCAAAUUAUCAGAUUAUUGUAGUAUCUGUCGACCACGGAAACUCGGUUGUUUACUGUGGCGCGUAUGCUGAGAAGCGGAUUAUGUUGCUUCAUCAUGACCGGCAUUUUGAUGUUCUAACAUCUUUGCCUGCCUACUUUGAGCAUCACUACUACUGUUACCGUUGCAUGAAAGGCUACAAUCACCGAGAAGACCACCGGUGUGAGUUCAAAUGUCACCAAUGUCUGUCUUCAGCGUGCAAGAUGCAAAAGGAUUCAAAAUUACAUUGCUCGGACUGUAAUCGCGACUUUUAUGGCCAAGAAUGUUUUGAAACGCACAAGUCAGGAACCAGUCCAAUCUGUUCGAAGUUUUUUGUAUGUGGAACAUGCAAAUCUUUCGUUUCUCUUGUGAGACGUCGAAUGCGGACUAAUUACGACGCACCUCAAGAUACCCAAAGAGAUGCUAACAACGGCGAUGACGAGGAAGACGAACCAGAAAUUGAACUGGAUAUUGACGAUCAGCAACAUCGUUGUGGGGAAGUAUAUUGCGCAACCUGUUCACUCUUUCACAUGCCGGAAGAAAACCAUGUCUGCUAUAUGCAGCCCAUCGAACUUACGGAUAGCGAGAAAGCAAAACAUUUAAAUGAAAAAUUUGCUUACUUUGACCUCGAAACCUAUCAAGAUGAUACAGGUGAAUUCCGAGUGAAUCUAGCAGUCAUCGCCACGAAAGAUGAGAAGUUUGUGCUCCCUGAGGAUGGAAACAUUAAUGGUGACAUCGCAAAUGCUGUUGGGGAUUUCAUUUUUAGCGAACGUUUUCGUGGAUACACUUUCAUUGCGCAUAAUUUAAAGGGGUUCGACGGGUAUUUCCUGUUAAACUAUUUAGUAAAAAAUGGCGUUAUUCCACACCCACUGAUUUUCAAUGGUUCUAAAAUUAUGCAAAUGGAUUUCAGCAAACUCAAAAUAAAAUUUCGAGAUUCCAUGAACUAUGUGCCAUCGUCACUAAAGAAUUUCGCGAGGGCGUUUGGGUUGCAAGAAACUAAAGGAGAUUUUCCACACAAGCUAAAUAAAUCCGAAAACUGGAAUAAGAUCAUCCCUUGGCCAGAUCGGCAUGACUACGGUUACCAAUCCAUGAAAAAAUGCGAGCGGAAACGUUUCAUAAAAUGGUUUCGCAAGGAACGACGCCGUCAUCACAAUCAGUUUGAUUUUAAUGCACACUUCAUCAAGUACUGUUCCCAGGACGUUCUCGUACUACAACAAGCAUGUGAGAAAUUUCGAAUGCUUUUUCAACAAGUAUCUGGUGGAUUGUGCCCAUUUGCUUCUGGCCUUACAACGCCUGGAAUGUGCAAUUAUUUCUGGAGAGCGCGAAUGCUAAAAAAGAAUCAAAUUGCUUUAAUCGGUCCACCGGGACAAGGAAAAAAAUCAUCUGUAAAAGCAGAGCGUUGGCUACGAUCGAUAGAACUGGAUAACGAUACAAAACUGGAAAGAGAAUUUCGAAUCGGACACUGGACCGUUGAUGGCUUUCAUUCAGGAACCAAAACAGUCUACGAAUUUUUAGGAUGUAUGUGGCACGGCUGCAGCGACUGUACCACGAACAGCACAAUGCACCCGUUUAUUGGCAAACCAAUGGAAGAAGUAAAAAAAGCGACUCUUUUGCGGCUUGAUGCAAUAAAAACUUUGGGAUACACGCUUGUAUCGAUUUGGGAGCACGAUUACGACAUGAAAUUUGCAUCUGACAGUGAGUUUCGGAAGCUGACUGAGCUCGCCAACGUCGAGGAGCCGCUGCAUCCGCGGGACGCUUUUACUGGUGGCCGAACAAAUGCAAUUAAACUUUACCACAAAUGCGGACCAGGGGAGAAAAUUUAUUCGCUUGACGUUAUUAGCGAAUAUCCAUACAUCAACAAAAAUUUGCCAUAUCCAGUUGGACCACCGGUUAUUAUCACUAACGACUUUCCACCAGUGGAACAAAUAAUUUGGAGUGGUAAAAUGUCGCAUUAUUCCACCACCGUCUUUAUUCCUACCAGUACUGCCCUACCGAACGGAUAAGCUGACCUUCCCGUUAUGCGCAAGGUGCGUGAAAGAGCGUGUUAACACUCCAUGUGAUCAUGAGGACGACGAUAGAGCGCUGGAAGGAACGUGGUGUACACCGGAAAUUCAUCGAGCACUGGAAGUUGGCUACCGUAUCGAUAAAAUAUAUUCCGCGUGGCACUACCCCGAACAAAUGCAAUAUCUAUUCAGAGAGUACAUUGAUCUGUUUUUGAAGCUGAAAACUGAAGCGUCUGGCUAUCCUUCAAACUGUCACACGAACAAGGAGAAAGAUUUUUAUGUAAAAGAAUUCCUUGCUAAAGAAAACAUUCACCUGAAUAAAGAUAAUAUUGCCAAAAAUGAUGCGCUCAGAGCGCUUUGCAAACUUAUGUUGAAUAGUUUUUGGGGAAAGUUUGGGCAGCAGGAGGACCGUUCCAACACGGCCAUGGUGGAGAAAAAAGAGGUCUUUCAUGACUUUUUGUUUUCAAAUAAAUACGAAGUUGCCGGAUUCGACUUGGUUACGGAUGAAGUCAUGGCAGUACAAUAUCGUUCGAAGAAGGAUUAUAUACUAACGAAUAAGAAAACCAAUGUUGUCAUUGCGGCUUUCACUACUGCGUAUGCACGAUUGCACGUCCUUAAAUUUAUGGAGAUGGUUGGGGACCGCCUACUAUAUCAUGAUACCGACAGCAUUUUCUAUAUUCACAAAGACGAACUGCCUGACCCACCAACGGGAACUUGCCUCGGCGACUUGUCAUCAUCGUUGGAACCUAACGAGCACAUAGAAGAAUUUGUGGCGCUUGGACCCAAAAGCUAUGCUUAUCGUACUAACACUGGUCACGAAACAAUAAAGGUGAAAGGAUUUACGUUAACGCGCCAGGCUAGAAAACAACUGAAUCUGGAAAGCUUAAAAGAACUGCUACUGGAAAGCCUUGCACCGCUGGAUGAACCAAACGAUAUUAUGGUUAACUAUCCGUUCAACAUAACGCGGAAUAAGCGCAAGUUGGAGGUUUUGUCUACGGAAAUGAAUAAGCGCUUCAGACUUACCUACUCAAAACGUCGAAUUGUCGACACCGAGUUUCAUACUCGUCCCUGGGGUGACGUUUCCGGAGAACAGGCCUUCAAUUUCCAGUACCGUACAGUUGUUAAUAACAGUUUUAAUAUUAUGGCUAAUUCCAAAAAAUGCUUCCAGCAAUAUUAUUAGAAUCAGCAUGAUGACAAUGCAGGAGCCUAUUGCUGCCUCGCAGAAGUUCUUUUUGCACACAAUACGAGCCAUCUUAGCAAAACUAUGUUCUGGUAAUGGGUUUGUUUUCUUUGCACAUUGUGUCUCUAAUAGUUACUUCAAUACAAAAGUUACAAUAAACAGCGCAGCUAAACUCUAGUUAAAAAUGUGUGAAUAAAUGCGCAUACCAAUACGUUCCAUGUAAAUUGCAUUGUUGUACAGUAUAUACAGUGUACAGUGUACAGACUUACUGAUUAAUUAAGUAGAACUGGUAACUAUAGUUACAAAGUCUAACCGGGAAUUGCAGCCUUUGCCGAUCCACGCGGUAAAGGAAUGUAAACAACCUGUGUACUUCUAUACAGUAUACAUACGCAGUAAUCAUAUGCUCAUUUGUGCUGAAUCAGAUGCUGCAGUUGGGAGCUGUAAGUGCAAAGUGCAACCGGGAAUUGCAGCUGGAAAGUCCAGCUCCCAACUCCAGUUUAUGACGUAAGCGCCGCCAUUUUUAAUAAUUGAUGAGUCAUAUCUACUUAUGUAGUAUCGGUUUACUACUUAAUAUGCUUCAGCAUUGCGGAUUAACUGCUGGUCAUCGUCAUUUUCAAGUUUACCUUAGAUCUAAAAAGUCUCUUGUAUGCAACCUGGUUAUGGAUUGCCGACCAUGGUUUGCUGGGUUUUAUAAAUUAGCUUUAGCACAUUCGUAGCACAGUUGUCUGUUACUCGGCUUAUUGUUUCCGAUCUGUCUAGAACAGAUGCCUGAUAACUGUAAUACAGAAUGGAAUACAGUUUCUGGGUGUCAGAAAUGUAGACGACCAAUCAUAAGUAAACAGAAAACGUAUCCUGAAAGCCGCGGAACCGUUGAAAGACGAUUGUAUAGUGUGUCAACAAAACCGGCAGCAUAAUCCACGGCAAAGCUGAGAUGCACUGGUGGUCUGAUGUUUCUCUAUGUACGAGUAGUUACUGUAUACUCCUAUAGGAGAAGACAGUCAGCUGACGGAAACGAUAGUAACACUGUUUAUGUACAAUGCUCGGUUAGUCUAUUGAACUCGAAAAGAGAAGCAUCAGUUCCUUUAAUUCAAUUUAAAAAUAGCUGUGGUUCGUGCUUUUUGAUAGCUUGCAGUUCACCCUGCAAUCUAACUAAGUGACCUUUGAUGACGUUGCCUCCGUCAAAAAUUUUUCUGGUCUUUCAAGGACUGUAUUCUUUAGAACGGUCAGAGUUUGCUGCAUACGGGUGGUCAAGGUACUGGGUCAGUCAGACUAUCAUCAUCUGACUACGUACCGCAUUCAGUGUUUGAAAAUUUGAAAUUGUUGGUCGGUGAAUUUUGCGCAUUGUAACUGUCAAGGCUGCAUGUAAGCCCUCAACCAUACAUACAGUCAUAUGUACUGUACUCGUAUACUGUAUUAUGUAUCAGACAUAAUCUGUUCUAUCUCCAGUUCUUAACAUUCGUAUAACCUACCUUACAUAGAUAUGAAUAGUACUGCAUCACACUUCACAUUUCUAACAACUUGCGAAAGAUUAUCACCGGUUAGUAAGUAAAGGUACUGGGUGUGUGCGUGUGCGGCCUCGCGCAAGUACAUUUGUUCGUUGCAAACAUUAUUUUUUGUAAGCGUUCCAGGAAGGAUUUCUUUUACGUGGUCAAUCAAUUUUACGAAGUGAAACCCUUUUUUAUAAACAAGGCUUACAGAGGACGUUCGAAAUUAAGCGGGGGACCAUAAACAUAAAAUACAGUACUAAAAGUUUGAACUAUUGCCUAUGUGUACGUAAUCAGAAGUUUUGUUUUGUAGAGGUGUUGCAAAUCUCACAAGACGUUUUUUUGGGUUAGCCUACAGCCUCGACCAAGUUGUCUGCCAGAAAUAACCUUCAUCAAAUGAUAUCAUCCGUGAAUGCAGUCAUCAGAGAGUGCGACUGACUAAUAAAGUAACGCAACCUUUGUAUUCGGCGGAGCUUGUCCCUGAUAUGAAGUAAUUAUGGAAUCACAGAAUGGUUUCUGGACGUGAUUAUAGUUCGUCACGUGCGUCAUCAAUAUCCAGAAAGUCUCCUAGGUAGUCAUCCUCCUCGAGAUAAUCAGUAUAAAGAGCGCAAAGAAGUGUGUCGAUAUUGCUUUUGAUGUGUGGAUGGAUCUGGGAGUAGUAAUCCGAUACCACGGCGUGGCAUUGUGUUCCGAUCACUUCCGGUGUAUAAAUCUCGAAUAUCCGUCGAACAAUCCUAAACCGUUUCAAAGUAUGAACGAGAAUUUGGCUGUAAACGAAUAUGUGUAUACGUAUUAAAAGUUGUUAGCUUGUAAAAUCUGUUAAGAAAUAUGAACAAAAUGGUAAAAUGGCGCCGAAAUACUGUAUAAAGUAUCGAUGUAGAUUGGACUGGUUUUUAUAAAUAGCGCUUUGUAGUGCUAAUGGC